AUGUCGUCAAUACACUCCUCGCAAAUCACUCUAAAGGAGCGCGAUCCAAAUUCCGAAGAAGAAGAGCAAGAAUGGAAGCCGGACUGGCGGUUAAAGUCAAUCUUUGGCAUUAUUGGACUAUUGAACUUCGUGACUGCCGUCGAUGCUACAUGUGUCUCUGUUUCGUUACCGACUAUUUCCCAAGACCUCGGGGGGACAGCAACUGAAGCCUUUUGGGCAGGAACCUCAUUCCUCCUCGCAUCUUGCGUAUUCCAGCCCAUAUUCUCACAAGCAUCAGACAUCUUCGGCAGGAAAUACAUUCUUCUACUCGCCGUAUCAGCCUUCACUGUCGGGUCUAUCCUCGCUGCAGUCUCCCAUGGAUUCACUCUGCUCCUCGUCGCCCGAUGCAUCCAAGGUACCGGAGGAGGAGGUAUCCUAGCUCUAACGGAAAUCCUCAUCGCCGACCUCGUUCCACUCCGCCAACGCGGAAAAUGGUUCAGUAUCAAGUUCGGUGCCUCAGCCGUUGGCACCGUCACCGGCCCCCUAAUCGGCGGAGCAUUCACAGGAUCCUCUGCCUCAUGGCGCUGGAUCUUCUGGUUCAACCUCCCCUUCUGUGGCUUGGGUCUACUCCUGAUCCCCAUCCUACUACAACUCCAACGAACCCCCGUCCCUAUUCGCCAAUCUCUCGCUAAAGUCGACUACUUCGGCUCAUUCCUUUUCGUCGCCUCCCUAACGUCCUUCCUUAUCCCAAUUACAUGGGGCGGUAUCAUGUACUCCUGGUCCUCAUGGCACACUCUCGUUCCUCUCAUCCUCGGCCUAGCCGGCCUACUCUCAUUCGGCAUCUACGAAGCCUUCAUCCCAGCUCAACCCCUCAUCCCAGUAGCCAUCUUCACGAACGCCACGAUAUGCCUCUGCUACUUCGGUAUCUUCCUCCACGGCCUAAUCCUAUGGGCAAUCGUCUACUACAUCCCACUAUACUAUGAAGGUGCUUUAGGCUACCGGCCUAUCAUAGCGGGCGUUGCCGUUUUCCCCGAAUGUCUCACCGUCGCACCCAUCUCCGUCAUGACUAGUAUUAUGGUCUCGAAGCUGGGUGGUUAUCGCUGGGCGCUGUGGAGUGGGUGGCCCAUCACAGCACUGGGUCUUGGUCUUCUUUGUCUACUCGACUCAUCGACCAGUGUUCCCAAAUGGAUCUUCCUUAAUAUCACUGCAGGCGUCGGGUGCGGGAUGCUCUUCCCUGCUGUCCAAUUAGCCGUGCAAGCAGCCGCAAACACGCAGUUCCUCUCCAUGGCCGUGACGAUGACAGCUUUCUUCCGGGUCCUCGGCCAAUCCCUUGGUGUUGCGGUUGGAGGUGUGGUUUUCCAAAAUAGGAUUCUCAUGAAGUUUGGGGAUCAUCCGGAGCUGGGUGUAGAGGUGGAGAAGUAUGCACAGGAUGCGUCGAGUCUUGUGGAGUAUAUCAAGGCAUUACCUGCUGGUAGUGCCUCGAAGCUACUGAUUCAGGCAUUAUAUGCAGAGUCACUAACUACAGUUUGGGCGGUUAUGUGUGGGAUUGCGGGCGUGGGGAUUGUGUCUACUUUGUUUGUGAAAAGGUAUACGCUCAAUCAGUCCUUCAAGUCAACGCAAGGGUUGAAAGACGUUGAGCAUGGAAAGGAAGAUGAAAAAAUAAUGAUGGGUUGA